UCCGAUUUGGCGCGCGCGCGCGCGCGCAAUUACUUCUUCCGACGAGUGAUUAACGAAACAAGCUUUCCUGCUUGAGCUUUGUAAUUAACAUUAAUUCAGCCACGAGCCAGCGUCUAUCGCUACUUUCGCUACAUUCUCCUCUCAUCUCUUCUUCAGUUACUAUCUUUCUCACGCGCAGUAUGUAUGUACAUAACUCGUUAAUCUGAACGCCAUUUGUAUACACGCUUCUUAUUUGCUUUUACUGUAUCGUGUAAUUAAGCAUACAAUUGUGGAAUACGGUUUAUUUUUAAAUUGUUACGUAACGUCAACGAUACGCGCAACAUUGUGCUCGAAUCGAAAAUCCACCGUAUCUCUGUUAUUUAAACACAAGUUUCGCUCGAAUGCCUCUGUGCAUUUAAAUUACCAAAAAAAAAAAAAAAGAAAGAAAGAAAGAAAGAAAUGAUUUAUUCGCGAAAAUUAUCGCAUAUCGUAGAUUACGAUUCGAACGCCAUGAAACGUGUACGUCGACGAAUUUUUAUUGGAAAUAAUCAGGUCGAAUUCGAGAAAACAUCGUGGCGUCUCAUAUACAAUGCACCUAACCUCUAAACCCGGUGCACUGGAUACGACGACAACGAUGAUGACGACAACACGUUCGCAAUAGUUGCUGCGUGCAUUCAUCGAUGACACGGCGUGCGCGCGUGCGAGCGCGUGCAUACGAGUGUGUUGCACGAGUUGCAUAUAGGUACAACGAAUCGUACGUAAAUGUAUGCACUAUUACGGUAGGCACGCACAGUUACUUGGACGAAAAAGAGCGCGACAAUUACGUUCGGAGUGUGUAUAAGCAAUGGCACGUUAAAGAGGGGAGAGGGGUCGGGUAAGGCAGCGUUAGAGAAAGAAAUGCGUCGCAUGGUUAGCCUGUUCGGAAAGAGCAAAGACGAUACGCGUUAGGCAUGGACAGGAAAAGAGACAGAGAGAGAGAGAGCAAGGGUAAGAACGAAAAGGAGCGAGAUAGAGGGAAAGAGGGAAAGAGUGAGAGACGCAACAAAGAGGAGAGAAAGAGAAAGAAAGAAGAAAAAGAGAUAUACGUAUAUGUUUAGGGUGACGGAACGUGUAAAGAGGUAAGGACAGGGUCUGAAAGAGAGACGGAGGAUGGACUGGGAGGGUGGGAUACGCGAGGUGGCUGGUUGAGGGUGCGAGAAGGCGAGGGAGAGACGGAGAGAGAGAGAGAGAGAAAGAGAGAAAAAGACAUAAUGAGAGGGAGUGAGUCGCGGCUGCGUCAUGUUCUCAGCGAACUGGGUCAGUGGGUCUCCCCACCGCUUCGCGUCGUACAUCUACUGCGACGUACACACAGAGAAGCACUGGCACUGUCGGGGAGUGCCAACGGCGUUACUGUUGACCCAGCCACGGCCUGUAUGUGGCCUGUGCGCCUGCCCUGUGCCCGCUUACCCGCGACUCUGUGUUUGGUUCCCCUGUGCUCUUUGAAAGCAAGAGUUGUUCGCAGGCUCGCGGCAUCCAUUCGAUUUUCUUCGCGCGUGACGACGAAAAUAUGGGAGUAUAUAACGGUGGAGAUUGUUACGUGGUAAACGAUGUCUCGCGACUUGCCCGGCAAUUUUUAUUCCUUCGUCCGUUCCGUCGCGAAGUAUGCUUCCCGCGGGAAUAUUUCAACGAUCGCGCCUGCUCGUCCGUUCGAUUCCUAAGCGAAUUUCCAAUUUCAAUCGCGCAAUCGAUUCGUUUUCGUAACGUUUCGCGGUCUAUUUGUCGUUAAGGCUGGAACAAACGUUAGUGGAAACGUAUCGAUUCGGGACCCGGAACCCGUGCAGUGUAUACACUCGGAUGGUACACGUGCGUCGGGAUAUUUGCCGGUAGUACCGACGACAAAUACGGUCGACAAAACGACGGCGGGCAGCACAGCGAACGGCAGUACGACGCGGGAGCGUAUCGCGACAAUACUUCUCCGGCCGACAUAGACCUGGUUCCGUAAGUAGGUCAUCCCCGCCAUCCUCAACUGUGCAGCCUCCUUCACCCUUUCCCCGUCAAUCCCUUCGACCGCGGCAGUGCCUCCCGCUCUCUCCAGUUCUCUUGCUUCUCUCUCUCUCUCUCUCUCUCUCUCUCUCUUUCUCUCUCUCAGUCGGUCCCUCUCCUCCCGAGCACCGCGUGUUGCCUAUCCCCUACCACCGGUCGAACUCUCAGAGGCACUUCCACUACUCUCCGCGUUAGGCACCUGGUCGCGCGCUGUGGCAUGCGCUGCUGAAUCACUUUCACUUAUGCCGUGCGCUGUGUUGGUUAUACGCUGUGUACGUCUCUCUCGCUCUCGCGCUCUCACACUCGAUCGGUGGCCGUCGGUAAAGGGACACGCGCGCGCUCCUUCUUUCCUUUCCUCCUCCGUACCCACCGAAACAGCCAAACAAGCCUGACGACGACCGGUGGUGUGUGCGCGCCUCUCGCCGUUCUCCCGGUUCUGCCAAUUUUAUUUUACUCCCGGCGGUGUCACGGUGAAGCGCGUAUCUCUCUAUACCGGGCGAAACCGCGGCGUGCCGCGUCGAGUACCACCGUGUGCUGCCGUGUCGCGUUGUAUUCGCUUCGAUCGUGGUCGGUGUCGUGUGUGGUGUGUGCAGCCAGUACCGUUGCGCGUGUUGUUUUAUCACAUCAACGACAAUAACAAUAACAAUAACAGUAAAUAUCGCGAGGAGGGGAGCCAGCCGGGCAUGGAUCAAAAAGGAAGAUAUCCUGCAGCCCAUGUUUUUCGCGUCCACCGCCCGUGAUCGUCGUCGUCGUCGUUGUCGUCGUUGUUGUUUCUGCUGCUGUGAUAUACGUGACGUGUGCCGUGUCUCACGAGACGAUCUCCCGACUCUACCUACCUUCAUGUGUCGUCGGUAGGGCAGCGGGAGGGAGGGGGCGGGCCCUUCGGGAAAGCAACGAGGCGAGAAGACUAGUCGUACGCAGAUAGCCAAGCUGUCAAGUCGCACGAAUCGAGUACUCGACACGAUACUACUUCCCCUUUCUUACUCUCGCUCUCUGAGUCUAUUUGCUCCGGACUUUAGUCUUCUUUUUUUUUUUCUUUUUUCGACUUUUCGUACGGAUACGUUACGACGUUUACACCGUUGGAUUACAGUGUGCCACGAGUCCUCUUCGUUCGUCGGACUUGUCUAUCAAACGAACUGGUCGGUUAUUUCGCGUCAAAUACCGUGAUCAAACUUGAUCUCGCGUCUGCGCAUAUGUGAUGACUCGUUACCGGCUCGGUGGAACAACAAUUCGAUUGUUUUCGCGCAACGAUCUUGUAGUCGAAUGGUAGUUUGAACCACGUGUGUGCUUAUCUUGGUUUCUUGUCACGCUAUAAAGCGGGAUUUCAUCAGUGACCACACAACCAGCGGAGGAUAGCAAAAAAGACGCCGUACAAUGGUUUUUAUUGUUUCGCGGAUAAUACAGAUGCAACAGUGACAGCCGAGAAUUUCUUUCGUUUUGUUUUUUUUUUUUUUUUUUUUGUUUCCCUUCCUCACGCAAUAUACGCAAAUUCACGUUUCGUCACAUUUAUGAUGAGUCGGACGUAGUACGCACUUGGUCGAAAGAGGAUUUAUCUUUUACGAUGGUGCGCGAUGAUUUUCUUUAUGAAUGUGUGCCGUAGAAAAACGUGACUGGUGAUCGAUAUUGUACGUGCCAAGGGAAUAUAGUGUGUUUUUUUUCGAGCUUAUGCUUUCCAUAUCAUCGUUGUUCUCGUCGUCGUCGUCGUCGUCGUCGUCGUCGUUGUUGUGUGUCUGUUGUUGUCAUCAUCAAUUUUACUGAUAUCAUACGCGACGAUGGUACCGUAUUGUAAAUAUAACAAUUCUUCACGACGUUUACACCGUUACCGCUUCGAUAUUUAAAAAGGGAUAACGGCCUCUUGUUCUGUCACAUACGCGCCACUUGCGAAAAAAAAAAAAAAAAAAAAAAGAAAAAGGAAAACGACAAACAAAGAAAAAGUGGCUGGAACUAGGAGAAUUCACAGGCAAUUCAUAUAUGAGCCGAUACGCCACAAGCACGUUCCUCCGUGCAACACUUGCGCAAGGGUGAUAUGUUAUUGGAGAUGGAGCAGCAUUCGGGCCUGAUAUCCCUGAAUAUGUCGCCGUUCCAUCUAAGCCCACAGGGUAGUCCCCAAGGUGCGGCCGGUGCCGGCCAGCAACAACAGGCGCAGCAACAGCAACAGCCACAGUACGGUUCGUCGCCGUACGGGAACUGCGCUCAAAGUCCACCGGCAACCAUGUGUCAUCAGUCGCAAUCGCAGCAACAAUCCCAGCAGCAGCAACAACUGCCGGUACACGGUCAGCAGUCGCACUCGCAGGGUGGUAUCUCGAGUUUCGACGCCGCGUUCUUCGACUCCACCGCCCUUGAAGAACGGUGCCCGAUGUGCGGCGACAAAAUGUCCGGUUAUCAGUAUGGUCUUCUCACGUGCGAGUCGUGCAAAGGGUUUUUCAAACGUAACAACUCGCCGUGCAGCAGUAAAAAAGUAUACACGUGCCUGUUCUCGCCGACGGGAGGCGGGGGUGGCGGGGGCGGCGGAGGUGGCGGUGGCGGAGGUGGUGGUAGCGGAGGCGGCGGAACUAGCGGAAACGGUGGCAGCAGUGGUAACAACGGUGGAACCGGUGGUUGUGGCGGUGGUGGCGGCGGCGGUACAUCAUCCUCACUCGAGAUCGGAUCUUGCGGCAACAAGAAGGUGUACACGUGUCUGUUCUCGCCAACAGGAGCCGGAAGCGGCACUGGCGGCAGUGGAGGCAGCAAUAGCGCAGCAAACAGCGCCGGAAGUGGUGGUUGCGGCACGUCGACAGCUCUCGAGAGUGGCGGUGGUAGCAGUUACGCCGGUGGUGGCGGCGGCGGUGCCUCUGGUGCCGGAGGCGGGGGCGGAGGAACAGGCGGAGGCGGUGGUGCGGGUGCCGCUGGCGGCAGUGGGCCCACCGCAGGGAAUGCCGCUGCUGGCGGCGGCGGUAGCGGUGGUGGUGCGGCCGGUGGAAGCGGAAAUAGCGGCGGAUCCGCUACGGUAAGCGGCAAUGUCGCGAUACCAACUACCACCUACUCAUUACCAACUGGUACCAUCUGUCAUCCCGGGUUGGGCCAGGUCGGGGUUGGUGUCGUGACCGGCUCGAUACCGUGCCCGUCCGAAUUCCCCGACACCAAGGACAUCAUCAUAGAAGAGCUCUGCCCGGUUUGCGGUGACAAGGUCUCCGGUUAUCAUUACGGACUACUCACCUGCGAAUCCUGCAAGGGUUUCUUCAAACGCACCGUCCAAAACAAGAAGGUCUACACGUGCGUCGCCGAGAGGUCCUGUCACAUUGACAAAACGCAACGGAAGCGGUGUCCCUACUGCCGUUUUCAGAAGUGCCUCGAAGUCGGCAUGAAGCUUGAGGCCGUGCGAGCGGACCGGAUGAGAGGCGGUAGGAACAAAUUCGGACCCAUGUACAAAAGAGACCGAGCGCGGAAACUGCAAAUGAUGAGACAACGGCAGCUGGCACUGCAAACGAUACGCGGCAGCCUCGGUGACCCAUCGAACUAUCCUUCCGCUGUAACGCCUUUCCUGCAUAUUAAACAGGAAAUACAAAUACCUCAGGUCUCGAGUCUAACGUCUUCUCCAGAUUCGAGUCCAUCCCCCGCAGCCGUGGCCGCUGGUCUGGUCACGACACAAGCUGGCAGCGGAGCUGGUCAGCAUCAACUGAUCGCACCGUCCUCCCAGCCAAACAUUUCUGGCGGUAAUCACCUGCACAACCUCAACCCUGGCCUGGAUAGCAAGCUAUGGGCUGCUAAUUCCACUACCCCUAGCCCGAAGGCCUUCAGCUUCGGCGAACAGUCCACGCAACCUCAUGGAGCCGCUGGUUCCGCACCCUCUACCGCCACGUUGAAAACUAGUCCGAUGAUAAGAGACUUCGUUCAAACGGUCGACGAUCGCGAGUGGCAGGCAUCGCUUUUUGGACUGUUGCAAAAUCAAACGUACAAUCAGUGUGAAGUGGACUUGUUCGAAUUAAUGUGCAAAGUGCUCGAUCAGAAUCUGUUCUCGCAGGUGGACUGGGCAAGAAACUCGGUGUUCUUCAAGGAUCUCAAGGUUGAUGACCAAAUGAAGUUGCUACAGCACUCCUGGUCGGAUAUGUUGGUGCUUGAUCAUCUUCAUCAAAGGUUACACAAUAAUCUACCUGAUGAGACUACACUUCAUAAUGGCCAAAAGUUUGAUCUCCUUUGCCUCGGCCUACUUGGAGUUCCUUCCUUGGCAGACCUAUUCAAUGAUUUAUCGUCCAAACUUCAAGAACUUAAAUUUGAUCUUUCGGAUUAUAUAUGCAUGAAAUUUUUGAUGCUGCUCAAUCAUGAAGUUCGUGGAUUAGUUAAUAAAAAACAUGUUCAAGAAGGUCAUGAACAAGUCCAACAAGCUCUUUUGGACUACACAUUGACGUGUUAUCCUUCUAUACCGGAUAAAUUUAACAAGCUGCUAGCAGUAUUACCCGGAAUUCAUGUAGUAGCGAGCAGGGGCGAAGAUCACCUUUAUCAGAAGCAUUGUAGCGGUGGAGCACCAACUCAGACCCUUCUAAUGGAAAUGCUUCAUGCUAAGAGAAAAUGAAACGAUACAUUCGUUUGGCACUUUUGUCAUGAGUUAGUCUAUUGCUGUAUGUCAAAAAUCAAGAUAGAGCCCCUUAUUGUCAGAGUGGACCUCAAGUACCUAUUAAGAACUAGUGCUGCACAGGUAUUGGACCAAGUUAAGGGGCUCUGGUUCAAAAAAUACCUAUGCAGACAAAUCAAGUAUAGACGUACAUACUUCACAUACAUACAUAAUAUGUGUAUUAUAAAGUGUAUCUAAAUAUAAACAUAAUGAUAUAUAUUUUCUAUAUUUGAUGUUGAAGUUUUAGAGAUGUAUCCAUGAAGAAAAUUACUACCCAUGUUGGUGGGUAUAAGCGCAGGGAAACAGUAAGCAAGAUGCCUUGAAAACAGUACAAAGGGUGGUUAAAAAAAUAUUGGUCAAAGGGCAGGCACUUUUUGUCUAAAUAAGUAAAGCUAUUUUUCUAAUACUAGAAGCGAUUAUUUUUAAGCGAUUAUACCACUGAAGCCUUGCUCUCAUUUUAACAAAAAAAUAAUCCUAAUAAUAACGAACGAAAGAAAUUGUGUCGACUCUCCAGUCAAUCGUGCUUCUGCAAGGGAUUCAAUGGGCAUACUUGAACGACAGUAAAAUUUCAUGUGAUAUACUUAUAUAUACAUAUAUACAUAUAUGUCGCACGGCCACCUGGGCAUCCUUAGAACUUCCUACGGAAAAUCUGCAUUUUGUCACACUUGCACACAGCAGGGCUACUAUAUUGUAAAUACUAGUUAACACAUUCCAAUUACGUUGUAAAGUAUGAAUCAUGUUAAAUAUGUAAUUAUAAUAUUUUGUGUAUAGUUUAAUGAAAUAAAUAUAUUUCUGUUGCUUACUGAGAAAAAAAUCAUUAGCUACUUAAUGUCUUCACUAAUUUUAG